UUUUUCACACAUUGCAAGCGCACGCACAGCCGCCUCUCUCUCUCUCUCUGUCUCUCUACCCCCGAAGACCCCCCCGGCAGCGUUCUUCCAUCUUCGCCGUUCGCACACUCCCGGCAGCGCAUUCUUUGCCGUUCGCAUAUCUCGAUGGAACGUGUAGUUGAAGACGAGGACGACGAGGUCGCGGAGGAGGUCGCCAUGGGCGUGAGCUCCAAGUCGGAGCUGAAGCGGCGCAAGAUGGAGACGAAGAGGGCGAAAUCCGGAGGGUUCGAAUCCCUAGGGCUCUGCCCCGAGGUGUACCGCGGCGUGAGGCGCAAGGGCUACCGCGUGCCCACCCCGAUCCAGCGCAAGACCAUGCCGCUCAUCCUCGCCGGCGCCGACGUCGUCGCCAUGGCGCGCACCGGCUCGGGAAAAACCGCCGCGUUCCUCGUCCCCAUGCUCCAGAAGCUCCGGCAGCACGUGCCGCAGGCCGGCGUCCGCGCCAUCAUCCUGUCGCCCACCCGCGACCUCGCCAUCCAAACCCUAAAGUUCACCAAGGAGCUCGGGCGGUUCACCGACCUUCGAACUAGCCUGCUGGUCGGUGGAGAUAGCAUGGAGAACCAGUUUGAAGAAUUGACACAAAGCCCUGAUAUCAUAAUUGCAACGCCUGGUAGGUUAAUGCAUCAUCUAUCGGAGGUUGAGGGCAUGUCUCUGCGGACUGUGGAAUAUGUAGUGUUCGAUGAAGCAGAUUGCCUUUUUGGUAUGGGCUUUGCUGAGCAGCUGCACAAAAUCCUUUUGCAGUUGAGUGAAACACGCCAAACUUUACUAUUCAGUGCCACCCUGCCUAGUGCCUUGGCUGAGUUUGCCAAGGCAGGUCUGCGGGACCCGCAGCUUGUGAGGCUCGACUUGGAGACCAAGAUUAGUCCAGAUCUUAAGCUUUGCUUCUUCACAUUACGCCAGGAAGAGAAGAUCGCUGCUUUAUUAUAUCUAAUUAGGGAACAGAUUAGUCCUGACCAGCAGACCCUGAUCUUUGUUUCCACCAAGCAUCAUGUAGAGUUUCUGAAUAUUCUGUUUAGAGAGGAGGGUAUUGAACCGUCUGUUUCUUAUGGUGAUAUGGAUCAGGAUGCUCGUAAAAUUCAUAUUUCUAAAUUCAGGGCGAGAAAGACUAUGCUGCUUAUUGUGACAGAUGUUGCCGCGAGAGGAUUGGAUAUUCCUCUGCUUGAUAAUGUGGUCAAUUGGGAUUUUCCUCCGAAACCUAAAAUAUUUGUCCACAGAGUGGGCCGGGUAGCUCGGGCAGGUAGGACUGGUACUGCCUAUUCCUUUGUCACGUCAGAGGAUAUGCCUAACUUAUUGGACCUUCAUCUUUUCCUGUCAAAGCCUCUUAGACCUGCUCCGACUGAGGAGGAAGUUCUAAAUGACAUGGAUGGGGUAAACUUGAAAAUCGAUCAGGCUCUUGCUAAUGGGGAGACUAUAUAUGGACGGUUUCCUCAACCAAUGUUGGAUCUUGUUUCUGACAGAGUUCGGGAAAUAAUUAAUGGACGUGCCGAGCUGGUUUCCAUGCAAAAGACAUGUGCUAAUGCAUUCCGCUUGUAUUCAAAGACGAAACCUUCGCCUUCUAGGGAGUCGAUCAGGAGGACAAAAGAUUUACCGCGUGAAGGGCUGCACACCAUUUUCAGAGAUUUACUCGGGGCCAAUGAACUAUCGGCACUUGCAUUUUCUGAGCGUUUAAAAUCAUUUAGACCAAAGCAGACCAUUUUAGAGGCUGAAGGAGAAGCUGCAAAAUGCAAAAAUUCACAGGGUACCAAUAUUUUGCUUGAUGUGAUGAGGAAGAAAAGAGCUGCUCAUGAAGAGGUGAUCAAUUUGGUACAUCAAAAGCGCUCCACCAAGCAAGCAAAGGAAGUAGAUGCAGAUAAUACUUCAGACUGGGAGAGAAAAGAAGUUUGCGGUGUGAAAAGAAAGGCAACAAGCUUUAAGGACGAAGAGUUCUAUAUCAAUUCUAUGCCCGUCAAUCAACAUCUUGAAGCUGGGCUAUCAGUGAAGGGAAAUAAUGGCUUUAAGACAAACAGAUUAGAAGCUGCUGUUCUUGAUUUAGUUGCAGAUGAUAGUACUGGUCUUCAGAAGCAAAAAACUCAAUACCAUUGGGAUAAGAAAAGCAAGAAGUACAUCAAGUUGAAUAAUGGGGAACGUGUUACUGCCUCGGGGAAGAUUAAGACGGAGAGUGGUGCAAAAGUAAAGGCUACUAAAGCAGGGAUAUACAAAAGGUGGAAGGAAAAGUCUCACAGGAAGAUCUCUCUUAGCGGAGAUACAGGAGAUGCUGCAGAUGAAAGCAUUCGUGCUGCAGGUGGCUACCAAAGAGGAAAUAAGCGGCAUAUGAAAGGGGGCAGGAACCGACGGCUGGUGCCAAAUGCAGAUGUGCCGUCUGAACUUAAAGAUGCUGAGCAAGUGCGGAAGACUAGGCAGAAAAAGGCUGCUAAGAUUGCGAAGAUGAAGAACAACAAAUCUUUCAAGGGAAAAAAAUCCGGCAAAAGAGGAAAAGGCCGAUAAUUAUCCAGAUCUUUCGUUCAAGCCUCGCGAGUGUGCAGAAGAGAAGAAAAAUAAUUGGAAAUGGAGAUAGGGAAGGGAGCAAGUUGAUGAGUUUUGAAGCUAGUCGACGAAAUUAAUAUCAAGCCACCGAAGAAAAUAUUAGAAAUUGCGGAAGUUCCAAUUGUUUAAUCGAGUGUUCGGAAGAAGUUAGUAUGAGAUUUGAUGACGAGAUGAAUUGAGAUUUUUCUUUAAGUUAUAGUAUGGAUAGCCUUGCAUGCUACAGUAUUUUGGUGGUCUUAUAUCCUUUUCCCCAAUGUUACAUUCACGUAUUUAGCCCGAUAUAAGAUUGCAUUUUGUCAUGUAAGAUAUGUUUAGCUCAUAGAUCUUAUUUUAAUUUAUUGAAUUUUUUACC